UUAAACAUGGGAUCGCAAAGCCUCAGGCUCUAACAACUACAUACAAUGGACAAAGGGAUAUGGUAGAUUGGUGUGUGUGGAACUUAAAGGAUGAGCUUUAAAACGAGAGCUGCCAGCCUUGGAGAACUCAACGGCGGUCAAGGCGCUAGUGAUGUGGCGCAAGAUCUCGAGAGAUGUAAGAGUGCACGAAGUUUAGAAAAGAAAAAAAGCUUUCGAUUUCGGUCCAAGCAUAAGGAUGAAAACAAAAAACUUUCAAGGACAUCCUCAGUGAGGUCUCUCACGAAUUUUAUCCAGAGAUUUGCGGGGAAAGUGUCUGUACAACUUCCUAGAAAAGCUUCGAGUUUUUCGACAGUUGCUAGUGGGGAAGUUUUCGUCGAAGCUUCUUCCUACAAAAAACGGGACGAAGAAGUUGAAAAUAAGACUGACAACCCCUGUGAUAAAAUCCCUGAAGUAUUAAGCUUAACGGGGAUAAAAAAUCACGGUAAUACGUGUUUUAUGAACGCUAUAAUCCAGUGCUUAGCACAUACAGACUUGCUUGCUGAAUACUUCGUACUUGGUAAUUACAAACAAGACAUGAAACUUCGCAAAGGACAGAAUAAAAAGUUCGGAACUAGAGGAGAAGUCACAGAAAAACUAGCUACUUUACUUAGGAACUUGUGGUGUAGUCAGUAUAAUUCGCAAUUAAGUAGUGAUUUUAAAGCUGUGGUUGGAAAACACGGCGUACAAUACAGAGGUUAUGCUCAACACGAUGCGCAAGAAUUCUUCCUGUGGUUGUUGGACAAAGUACACGAAGACUUGAAUCGAGCAACAAAGAAAAAAUACAAACCGAAUAAGGACAACAUUGGAAGAUCUGAUGAAUGCAUUGCCAGUGAAUCACUCUCCAACCACAUGCGUUGCAAUGACAGCAUCGUCCUUGAUUUAUUCCAAGCACAGCAUCGUUCAUCUCUCGCAUGCCCACAAUGUGACCAGCAAUCCACAACCUUCGACCCUUUCCUCUGCCUAUCGUUACCGAUCCCGCAACGCGAGACUCGACCAAUAUAUGUCACAGUAGUUUUUGUAGGAUCAUCGCGUGCACCACUACGRAUUGGUGUCAGUGUCCCAGUAUACAGCAAAAUUGCAGACCUUUCCAAAGCCGUGUCUGAAAUGACGGAGAUACCCACUGACAGACUCGUUAUGACGGAAUUAAGCUACGAUGGCUUCCACAGGAGCUUUCAGGAUCACCAAUCCAUCUCUAUCAUCCAUGAGGGUGAUAAUAUCUAUGCAUUCGAAGCUCCUAAGCAACUGUAUCCUGAUCCUGAGAGUUUAGGUGAAAAAACGCUCACUGUGCCGGACGACGAUGGUGGUACAAUCCAAGAAUCUCUCAUAAUUCUUGUCACAAACUGUAUUGGACAGGGCAAGAACAUCAGAAGGUUUGGCCCUCCAUUUGUAUUUCACACUCUUAGAGAAGUCAGUUUUGCACAGUUGCAGUCUAUAUUCCUCCAUGGCAUGAAGAGGAUACUACAAGAUAAUGUGAAAAAACAGGCAAACAAGCAAAACCCAUUGUUUGCCCUUCGCAUCAUGAAUGGUCUCCAAGGGAAGUGUUACUUAUCUCAUGAGGUAGAUCACCCCCUGUAUCAAGCUACUGUAGAUACAGCCCUGAAGCAUGGGGAAGACAAUUCCGCACCCCAGCACAUAAGAAUGGUUAUUGAAUGGGAGCCAGAAACUAAAGAACGAUGCGUCAAGUCUGACAUCAAUGGCCACCCUGAGGAGCAUUCCAGCGUGCGAGAGAUGGAGGCAGAAUAUGAAAACUCUCACACAGUCAGCUUGAAUGACUGUUUCUCUCUCUACACAAAGGAUGAAAAGCUUGGAGAAGAAGAUGCAUGGCUGUGUCCAAAGUGUAAGAAGCAUCAACAGGGAACAGUAAAGAGAUUGAGUCUGUGGUCCCUGCCUGAGGUUCUAGUGGUCCAUCUAAAGAGAUUCAGACAAAUUUCUUCUGGAAGAACCAAACUGCACACCAUGGUUGAAUUCCCAGUCUCUGAUUUAGACAUGACAUCACAUCUUGAACCACGACGCAAGAGUACAACCGAGACGCUACCUGCCUGGCCAAGCUGGCGCAGAAAUCGGCGGAGCUCUUCUUCUGGGAAUGAGGAUAAUCUAUACGAUUUGUAUGCUGUCUGUAACCACAUGGGGACAAUGUCUGGUGGACACUACACGGCUUACUGCAAGAACCCAACAGACGGACAGUGGUAUCUCUAUGAUGACACAAGAGUUGAUAAGCUGCCUGCAGCUAAAGUAAAUUCUAAUGCUGCAUAUUUGCUGUUUUAUGCUCGCCGUAUUGUUGGGUCGUCAUCUGCCUCCGAGUCGUCUGGGUCUUCUGAUCACUGGACAAGAAAGAUACCUCAAGUUCUCUCUGAGUCGCUGGCUAGUUCUCGGGAAGAGCUAGACAAGGAGGAGUCUCCUCCAAGUAAUGAGAAACUCACCUCAUCAACUGAUGCAUUAAACACCACAAAGAAUGAAGAAAAGGAAAGAAGUAAAGAAAAUUUGGUGCUAACAGAAUCAUGUGUCUGAUAACAUGACAUUUCUCCCUCGCCAUUAUUAUUAAUAGUACAUUUUAAUCAUUUAUAUCAUUGAUGCAAAACAGUGAAAUUAGUGAUAGACCAAAAUAUUUUAUUUACUAGUGGAAUAUAGAGCUAAUGCAUUGAGUGUGUAGUCUCCUAUUCCAGACCUUGUGACAGAUGACCCUUGGAGAUUGAGAUUCCACAUCUGCAAUAUUGAUGUAUCCUCUCAAAUAUAACUGAUAAAGAAAGAAAUAAUACUCAAGGGAGCAACACAUGACUAGGAAUGGGAUACUAUUAUUGUGCUCAUAAAGGUAAAGUGUGUCGAGAUUUUACGGCUUGGUUUGUAAGUUACAGUCAAAUCUUUGAUCAUGACAAACCUAUGUAGUCCAAGAGUGACAGUACAUUAUCAAGUUCAGUUGUAUCACUAACUUUUUACUAAAAGCAGAUUGCAURUCAGUGCUAAAGAUUUUUUAUCAGAUAUUUGAAGCUCAACAUAGGCAUUUAACAUGCCUAAGUGAGUCUGUAGUGUCAUUUUACAUGACUUGGCUGCUAUGUCUGCUCCAUAUUUUUUAAUAUUCAUAUGAAAUCUGCUCAUUGUUGAAGCAAGGUAAAUUUGUAGACAUAAUUUGGCUACUGUUAUUCAGCUUGCCAUAUUUUACCGAUAUAUAUCAURUAAGGUCUGUAUACAUUGCUAGGUUUCCAUCACAGUUUCAUCCAAUUUGAAUUCAUAUAAAAGGUCACAUUGUUUUCAUUGAAAAUGAAAAUCGUACAAUCAGAGUGUUAGAAGUAAUAUUUCAAAGCCGACAAUGAGGACUGGACAAGAUUUCAAGUCUAAGCUGCACCUCGGACUGUAACUAAUUGCGCGGACUUGAAAUCCUGUCCAGUCCGAUAUUGGARGCUUUGAAAUGACUUCUCAUCUCAUCGAUUAUUCGACUUGAUAGUAACUGGAACAAAAUUAUGUUCCAGUUACUCCAGACUGAAUGCAUUCCUUUCACAGCACUUUACCAAGUUUCAAGUAACAUCAUGUGACCCAAAAAUAGCCCAUUGAUUGGCUGGUUUACUCAUGAAUUAUUAAUGAGUAUGAGAAAAGCAUUUCAAAACAUUAUUUACCACCAAUUUCAAUACUACUCAUUCUUCUGGCARUCUGUACYUUGCACUUGGUUUUCAGACAUCAAAGAAGCUGCAUUCUCUAUGUUUGAUAUUUAUGAUUAACAAAAGACUAUUUUCAGCUUAGAAGUAUAGACUUGUGUCUGUCAAGAACAUGAAGCAAUGGAAUUGGUGGUAACCAAAUUAGGUUUUAGGAAUAUAUAGUUCAAAGCAAAACUUUGAAAUAACGUUUACUCUAAAGCACCUACCUUUACAACCUCUUGUUAAAUGCUCAACUUUUGGAAAGUUGGUAAAAGAGUAAGAAAAAGUACUAUUACUUGACACUGUCUAUGAGUUAGCAACGUCAUAUAUUCAGUCAAUUGAACGCAUUAAGAGAAGCUGUACACAAUAAAUGCAAUACGAAAAGUAUUUGUGCCAAAAUGAAUGAAUAGCUUUAUUAUGGUUGCACAUAUGUUUUCCCUCGUCAUUGAAGCAAUAGGCUCAAAGGCCAAACUUCUUGUGUACGUUCCUAAACAUAUAGUUGCUAUAUACCAAAGAACACAAUUACCAAGCAAAGCCAAGUUUAUGAAAUCAAAAUAUAUCAGAAAUUAGAUUGGAUAUAUUUUAGCAAAUUAAGAAUAUAAGGAAAAAUUAUAAUGUUAGUGGUUAAGAUACCUAGAGUGUCUUGAUGAUGACAUCAUUAUUGUUAUCACCAUCAUACUUAUGACUGUCAGCAGCCUUGUGAUUAGCAUCAUUGUCCUUGUCAUCAUUGUUAUUAUUGACAUCAAUGUCAAGAUUCAAUAUUAUCUUGUAUCCUCAA